AUGACUUCACAGGAAGCAAGUAAUAUCAUAAAACAGUUACAAGAACUUGAGUUUCCAUAUUCAUUCAACAAGGCUCGAAAGACUGCGUUGCUCAAGGCCGGCGGAAUCCCUACGAUGUCGAAGCUUUUUGCAGCUACGGGACAGAACAGUAGGAAGACUGCUGGGAAACGGGCCGUCGACACAGAAAUCUUGCUUAGAGAGGUGCAAUCAAAAGAUCGUCAAUCAAUACGUUAUAUGCAAGCAGUAGCUCGAAUGAAUUAUCUGCAUUCGAGAUUUCGCAAGGCAGGCAAAAUCCUGGACGAGGAUAUGUUGCAUACCUUGGGCUCGGCUGUUGUGGAACUGUUUCGGGUCGUGGACAGAAACGAGUGGCGAGCGCUCUCAGAGGUGGAGAAAUGCGCCAUUGGAAUAUUCCAUAAGAACCUGGGACAAGAUAUGGAAAUUCCGUAUACGCUCCUCCCGUCCAGUCAGGUCGGUUGGGACAAUGGUCUCCAUUUCGCAGAGGAGCUCAGGGAUUGGACCAUCCGAUAUGAAGCGGUCGUUGCGAAACCACAACCAACGAACGACCAGUACGUUAGAGUGUAUGUCGACUCUGUGACGUCUAACAUGCCGAAGCUAUUUACAACUCUUCUGAGAAAGGUAGUUGGGUCUGAUUUGGAUGAUACUAUGCGGGCCAGUCUCUGUAUGGAAGCUCCUGGGCCCAUCCUCAAUUCGAUCUUGACGUUAGGUACAAGCUUUCGGAAGUUUGCUCUGCGGUACCUAUACCUUCCACGGCCUUCGUUCCUAGCAGUAAAGCCAGUAGACGACGAUCCAAACCCACUGUCAGGCCUGUAUAACUUCAAUCACAACAACUUCCAGCCUUGGUAUGUUAAACCGAGUUUCUGGGCAACAUGGAACCCCGUUGCGGUGUUUGUGAGAUCGCUUGGUGGAAGGGCUCCAGGAACAGCGGGAGACAGAUACCAUCCCUCGGGAUACGAUUUGAUGACCAUUGGCCCAAAACCCCAAGAAGGAAAGGGGUUAGAUGAAAUGAGAACAACGAUCGAAUUUAUGGAGACUCGUGGAUUAGCAGACUGUCCAUUUCACAGUGGGAAAAUUAAGGAUACUAAAAACUAA